CGAGCCAAGGAUUCUGAGCAGCCGGUGGCUUUAGAAGAAACUGAAACUUGGCUUGCUGGGGGCGGAGUGGUCACCGGGGUUUUAAAGAGCCGCCACUUCCUUGGGUCCCCAGAGGGCACUGGGAGGUCACAGCAGCCGAGGGACACCCUGAACCAGAUGUGAGCCUCUGCCCCCUGCCCAAGCCAUGCACCUCUGCGGGGGUGAAGGGCUCCUAACUGGUACGAAGGCCAGGACGGAGGGCGCAAGUCCCUGCCAGGACCCAGAGGAGCAUCAGAGGCAGCUGAAGAAGAAACAGAGGAAUCGGACAUCUGCCCAGCGCAGCCGGCAGAAGCACACAGACAAGGCAGACGCCCUGCACCAGCAUGAGUCACUGGAGAAACACAACCAUGCCCUGCGGAAGGAGAUCCAGGGCCUGCAGGCUGAGCUGGCGUGGUGGAGUCGGACCCUGCACAUGCAUGAGCGCCUGUGCCUCAUGGACUGUGCCUCCUGUUUGGCUCCUUUGCCCCCUGGCAGCUGGGGCCAGGCCAAGCGGCCCCUGGACCCAGUGCCCCAUGGACAACAUGGCUGCCAGGAGCAAUCGGGCUUCUUCCAGACCCCAGUCUGCUCUCCCUCAUCUCAGCAAGUCUCUCCAGAUCAAGAGCCUCAUGGUUCCCCUGGCCUCUUCCUGUCCCCUCUGCCUUCACUGUCCCUUGGCUCUACUACAAUGACAGCACCCCCUGCCCAACUAUCUCCCAACCCUGUUCAAUCUGCUUCACCUUCUGACUCCAGCCGACUGAGUCCUUGCUCCAGGCUCAAUGCCCUGCUGCUUAGCCCCUCAGCCCAACCUGCCCCCCCAGAGCCCCUUGGGCCAGAACACCUCACCAGGGAGAAGCUGGAGUCUUCACUCCACAGUCCCUCGGCUGCUCUGGGGCUGGUCUGUCUGCAGGACAGGGAGCCCACACCUGCGUUCUCAGCAGCAGAUCAGCAAGGGUUGGGUGUAGGUCUUAGCCCGCACCCCCUCCUGGCCUUCCCCCUGCUCUCCUCUGCUCAAGUCUACUUCUAACCCGGUCCCCUGGAACUGGGCUCGUGCCUCCCUUGGGCUCAGGAAGCAGCCUCAUCAAACAAGCAUCUCCUCCUCUGCCACCGGAGGCUGCCCUUCUGGGCUGACCAGCUGGCCUAGCAUUUCACCAGGAAAAGGAAGCCAUCACUGCGUGCCUAUCACUCUACCUGGCCCUGUCACCACCACUAUUUUAUUUCAACUUCAUGUUCAUCCCACACAAUCCAGAUUAUCACUCCAGUUGUUCAGAUAAGGAGACAGAGGCUCAGAGAAGCCAAGUGACUUGUCCAAAGUCACACAGCCUUUCUUGGGACCUGAAACACCACCAUCACUCCUCCUCCUCCUGGUAGGAUCCUGGCCCAGGGGCCUGAGGGGCUGAAGUCCUAGAUGCUGAGGGUAUAAGCGCUGGGAGAAGGGAGGUGUUUUCCCUUUUGCUUUGUGAGUCCCAAGGCCACAGAGCCCUACAAUUUCUGAAAUUUCUCCCUAACUAGGGACAGUCUAGAGUCAAAACCUGGGUGGGGAGAGGCCAGGUGGGAGCCGGGAAGUAGACUUUUUCUUCCCCUCGUAGUGUUUUCAGUUUCAGGAACUGAGCCUGUGGGUAGGAAUUGGGGAGAAACAGUCUCCCUGGGAUUUCUAUAAGAGGGGUGCCUAUAGCCCUACCAAGACCUGGGGAGAUUCUGCAGGGUCAGCCCUCCAGACUAUUCCCAAAUAGCUCCACACCAAGGCCAUGGGGGACAUGAGAGCCAUCACGUCUUGCACAAAAGGCCAGAGGAAAGAACGAGGGAAGCGCCAGGUGCAAGGUUAUGUUUAAGCAAGUGCUGGACCUGAACCUGGCAGUAGUGAGACCUCUGUCAUCUCCAGGACCACCCUCAUCCCUGUGCAGCCCCCAGGCCCUCCUUGACCUUGGGCCCCUCUAAUCAUUGCUCUUGGGUCUGAUGGCAGCUAUAGGAGCCGGGGCCCCAGACCAGGCUGGAGCUCAGCUGCAGUGUCUGCUCCAAGGGGGAGGGUCUCAUUCAGACUCAGGACAAGCACUGUCAGGGGCCCGAGAUGAGAAGAUCCAGCUCUUCGCCCAAAUUUUUCACACACAUGUAGCAGACACUGUGCUAGUGUUUGACACACUCCAGGAUGCUAAGCACAAAUCUCGACACAUAUGCUAUGGUAAAUAAAAGUGUUUUCUGACUCUUUUUGCUUUGGCCAGUUCAAAGCUCUGCUUGUACUCUGUACUGUUGAAACCAAAGGGCCUUUGAAAGAAGAGGGAAUAGUCUAAAAUCUUAGAGGUGGGCACCCCCUCAUGGACCUCCCAGUCUAACACCCCUCCC